CUCGGGCCGGAUGUUGUGUUAGCUACAAACUCCCGAUGACUGAAGUAGUUGUCAUUAUACAGACGAUAAGAGGAUAUCCGCGGUGUACAGUGGGUGUUGGCCCAAUGAACGGGUAAACAUAACAAUGGAGUGAGUGCAUCCUUUUGAAGAUAAACUUCCCCCAUCUCCUGGCUGUUCAAGGAAAGUGAGCAACUAAGUGUUAAGACCGCAACCACAAUGGAACGUCCUGGUUUAUGUUUUGUACUGCUAGCAUUCAUUUACAACAGUUAUGGCCAAGAAACGUUCAAGCCACUUCAAAGGUCCAAAAGGAUUGAGGAAAAUAUUGGAUCAGAUUCCAGUGAUUGUUUGUCAAGGGAAAAUGGGCCACAGAUCUUAACAAACUCUCCCAACUUCUCUAUGGAUCUUCGAAUGCCUGGUGUCAUCCCAGCUGAGUCGGACACUUAUUUAUGCAUGGCGUUUCCUGUGCCAACCAGUCAUGCUGCAUACAUAGUGGACUUCAUACCCCUUGCAAAUAUGAACACAGUCCAUCACAUGCUGCUGUUUGGAUGCAUGAACCCAGUCUCGACCACCAGCUACUGGGACUGUGGCAGUGCACAGGGUACUUGUAAGGAUGGAACAUCCAUUUUGUAUGCUUGGGCCCGAAAUGCACCACCUACGAACCUGCCUAAAGAUGUUGGUUUUGAAGUUGGAAGGAAUUCAGGAUUAUCUUACUUUGUGCUCCAGAUCCAUUAUGGCAAUAUCAGUGCUUUCCAGGAUCAUCACAAAGAUUGCUCUGGUCUCAGUCUAAGAAUGACAUUGAACCCACAGCCGUUUAUUGCUGGUAUCUACCUCCUCAUGUCUAUAGACACUGCUAUCCACCCAGGAAAAAGAAUUACAAAUGCGGACAUCGCCUGUAACUACACCUCAUAUCCAAUCUACCCAUUUGCCUUCAGGACCCACACUCAUCGUCUGGGAAAAGUAGUCAGUGGCUACCGGAUCCGAAAUGGAAAAUGGAGUCUGAUUGGGAGACAGUCGCCUCAAUUACCACAGGCUUUCUAUCCCACAAACCCUGAUAUGGAUGUACGGUAUGGUGAUAAACUGGCAGCCAGAUGUAUGUUCACCGGUGAAGGCAGAAGCGAAGAAACAUACAUUGGGGGUACCUCUGAUGAUGAAAUGUGCAACUUCUAUAUUAUGUACUACAUGGGCAGCAAACACGCGAUCCCUUAUAUGAAUUGCAUGAACCGUGGCUCGGCCAAAUUGUUUCAGCACAUUCCACCUGAGGCCAGCAUUCCCAUUGCUAUCAGCCCCGAAAACAUGAACUCCAUGAUACAUAUGGGACAUUCAACAGGUCACCAAGAUAUCACAUCAGCGCCGGCCACAGUUCGGGAAGAGCAGUCUUUCGAUCAGGGUGACCUCUAUUCUCUAAUGUCCGAGAUGCUAGACCAAAACAAGGAUGUAGUGCACAUUCAUAAGUACAACCCCAGUAAGACACAGAGGGUCCAGCCUGAGCUGGUGGCUCAGAUUCAUAGCUUAAUACAAAAGAAAAACAUGGGCUCAGCUGGUGCUUCACGACCCUUCCAACCCAGCAGGCACCCUGUUUUGAUGAGGGACAGGGUCCACAAAUUCCAUCAACUUGAGGUUGUGCCCAAGUCUAAAAGUAAGCUGCUGUCUGAAAGACAAGAUAUCCAUCUGGAGCAAGACUCAAAAUGGCCACAGAAUUCCCUCCAGCUAGGUCAGGUGUCAGGUCUUGCCAUUGACUCAGAAUCCAAUCUGGUCAUUUUCCACCGAGGUGACCACAACUGGGGAUCGGAUUCUUUUGACAGCCAAAGGAUAUAUCAGGAGAGGUUCCUUGGCCCAAUUCAACAGUCCACUAUUUUGGUUGUUAAUGCGGAUAACGGCAAAGUCCUCAAGGCCUCUGGAAGAAAUAUGUUUUACCUACCCCAUGGUAUAACAAUGGGCAAAGACAAUAACUACUGGGUAACUGAUGUGGCCCUUCAUCAGGUUUUAAAAGUGAGUAGUGAUCGUGGUGACAGACCCAUGUUGUCUCUGGGAGAGGCAUUCACACCAGGAAGUGACCACAAGCACUUUUGUCAGCCAACUGAUGUGGCAGUUGACCAUGAAACUGGGAACAUUUUCGUGUCUGAUGGUUACUGUAAUGCCAGAAUACUGAAAUUCUCUGCCGAUGGCUGUUACCUUACUGAGUGGGGAGCUGGCUCAUCAGAUAGGAGAAGGCGUGUACCCUUUCGGAUCCCGCACAGCCUUGCAUUUUUGACUGAAAGAAACGAAGUGUGUGUGGCUGACCGGGAGAAUGGACGCAUCCAGUGCUUCAUAGCACAAACUGGAGAGUUUGUUAAGGAAAUAAAAAAAGAGGAGUUUGGCAGAAGCAUCUAUGCCAUCACUUUCAGUCCUGUUGGAGGAGAAGAUGGCCUAAUUUUUGCGGUAAAUGGAAAAUCUCUGGUUGGACACUCCCCUUCUCCAAUUGGAUUUGCAAUAAAUUAUGCAACCAAGGACAUACUGGAUACCUUCAGCCCAAAGAAAAAGGAGUUCAAAAUGCCUCAUGACAUUGCUGUCACCAAGAAUGGGAGCAUCUUUGUGGGUGACGCAACCAGCAACACUGUCUUCAAGUUUACAGCUGAAAAGACACAUCGUUCAGUCAAGAAGGCUGGAAUUGAAGUUCAAGAACUUGAAGAAAUUGAGUCCUUUAUCCAAACCAAAAUGAUGCCAGAGCAGAACAUGUCAAGACUGCAGACUGCUGAAGUCCAACAGAAGCCAUAUUUGUCUCAACACCUUAAGCCCCAACAAGAUGAAAAGAAAAAUAUUGUACCCAAUCCCAAGAAACAGCAAGGUCUCCUACCAGUUGUCAUCACCGUGCUCUUGCUUAUCCCUCUUUUGCUCGUCAUGUCCAUAGGAGUCUUCAUCUGCUGGAGAAAAAACAAUCGGUGUGAGGUGAAAACUGAGCCCGGUGCUGUUGGAGGGAUUUUGGGAAUAAUUAAAGGUAAAACGGUCGGCAGCAUGAACCUCGGAAACUUCUUUGCCUCCCAUAAGGGUUACAGUCGUCACGGCUUUGACCAGCUGAGCACUGAAGGCAGUGACCAGGAAAGGUACGAUGGGGAGAGCAGUGAAUCUGAGAACGAAGAGUACUCCACUCACCCCCCGCCGCCUCCACCCUCCUCUUAGGUGAGGUGCAGCUGGCCACAAACCUACUGCUUGUAUGCCAUUCAGCAUCAUGUAAAUGUUGUGUUAGAUGCCUUAUUGUUUAUAUAUUUAAAUAUGGACUGUACAUCAAAUCAGUUUGCUGUAAUCCAAUCCAUUUAUUUCACCUUAGAUAUAUAUACCCAUGUUCUUAAACUACCCUUAGACUUUCUACUUGAGAUUUAAAAUCAAGUUAAAUGACUUCCUACAAUUGCUUUUAAUUUGACGUCUUGUGUUAUUUUGUUGAUAUAAGGUGAGGAAUUUUGGAAGUUUUCUGAAACUUCUUUACGUUGAAUCAUUUGACGCUUGGCAUGAUAGGAUUACAACUAGUACAAUUAUUUAACAAUGUUGACAGAUACAGUGAAGAAAAUAAGUAUUUGAGGACCCUCCUAUAUUGCAAUUAUAUUAUAUUGCAUUGCUAUAAUUGCAAGUCUUAGAAAUCAUGGAGCGGUCUGAAAUUUUCAUCGUAGGUGCAUGUCCACUGUGAGAGACAUAAUCUAAAAAGAAAAAUCCAGAAAUCACAAUGUAUGAUUUUUUUUUUUUUUUUUUUAACUAUUUGUGUAUUACAGCUGCAAAUGAGUAUUUGAACACCCGAGAAAACCAAUGUAAAUAUUUGGUACAGUACCCCUUGUUUGCAAUUACAGAGGUCAAACGUUUCCUGUAGUUAUUCACCAGGUUUGCACACACUGCAGGAGGGAUUUUGGCCCACUCCUCCACACAGAUCUUCUCUAGAUCAGACCGGUUUCUGAGCUGUUGCUGAGAAACACGGACUUUCAGCCCCCUCCAAAGAUUUUAUAAUGGGUUUAGGUCUGGAGACUGUCUAGGCCACACCAGAACCUUCAUAUGCUUCUUAUGGAGCCAUUCCUUGGUUUUCCUGACUGUGUGCUUCGGGUUAUUGUCAUGUUGAAAGACCCAGCCACGACCCAUCUUCAAUGCUCUGACUGAGGGAAAGAGGUUGUUCCCCAAAACAUCACAAUACAUGGCCGCGGUCAUCCUCUCCUUAAUACAGUGCAGUCGUCCUGUCCCAUGUGCAGAAAACCCCCCCCCCCAAGCAUGAUGCUACCACCCCCAUGCUUCACGGUAGGGAUUGUGUUCUUGUGAUGGAACUCAUCAUUCGUGUUUUCCCAAACACGGUUCGUGGAAUUAUGACCUAAAAGUUCCAUUUUGGUCUCAUCUGACCACAAAACCUUCUCCCAUGAGUCCUCUGUACCAUACAAAUGGUCAUUGGCAAACUUAAGACGGGCCUUGACGUGCUGGAAUAAGCAGAACUUUCCGUGCAAUGCAUGAUUUCAAACCAUCAAGUCUUAGUGUAUUACCAACAGUCACCUUAGAAACGGUGGUCCCAGCUCUUUUCAGGUCAUUGACCAAGUCCUAUCGUGUAGUCCUGGGCUGAUUCCUCACCUUUCUAAGGAUCAUUGAGACCCCAUGAGGUAAUAUCUUGUAUGGGCCUCCACUCUGAUUGAGAUUUAGUCAUGUUUAGCUUCUUCCAUUUUUGUAAUGAUUGCUCAAACAGUGGACCUUUUUUCACCAAACUGCUUGGCAAUUUCUCUGUAGCCCUUUCCAGCCGUGUGGAGUUGUACAAUUUUGUCUCUGGUGUCUUUGAACAGCUCUUUGGUCUUGGCCAUGUUACAAGUUUGAGUCUUACUGAUUGUAUGGAGUGGACAGGUGUCUUUAUACAGCUAACAACCUCACACAGGUGCAUCUGAUUCAGGAUAAUAAAUGGAGUGGAAGUGGACCUGUAAAGGCGGACUAACAGGUCUUUGAGGGUCAGAAUUCCAGCUGAUAGACAAGUUUUCAAAUACUUAUUUGCAGCUGUAUCACACAAAUAAAUCGUUAAAAAAAAUACAUACAUUGUGAUUUCUGGAUUUUUCUUCUUAUUAUUAUUAUGAUUACUAUGAUUAUCUCUCUCACAGUGGAUAUGCACCUACAAUGAAAAUUUCAGACCACUCCAUGAUUUCUAAGUGGGAGAUCUUGCAAUUUCGGAGGGUGUUCAAAUAAUUAAUUUAUUCACUGUUGUAUGACCACAGUUUUGUACAAAUAUACAUAAAGUGGCUCACACAUUAAUUAAUUUAUAUCAUAGCUCUUAAAUAGUGUUGUAUUAUUUUCAAAUGCCAUUCACUCUAUUUCCAAUAACUAAAUUGUUUUUUUACGGACUACAUCCAGUUGAGAAAAAGAAGUGAGAUUGUUUUUAUUUCACAGCAGCAAAAUUGCGAGCAUGUAAACAGACAUUCUCAAAAUAGUAAAAUAAUUCUGCCAUAUCAUCACAAUUAUUUGGCUAUGAUAUCGUUUUGUGAAGGCAUUUUUAGCUGCCAUGCAAUUGUAACCACUGUGAAUUCAACUAUGUUGUGCUAGUUUUUCCUGUUUGUUUCAUAAAAAUUAAGCAACUUCCAACUACGUCCAAUUGAUAGUUAUAUUAUUUUGCUUGUUUGUUGUUGUUGCUUUAUGUUUUAUUGCUCAUUCUAGUGAACUUCUGUUUGAGUUUCUACAAUUUGGGACAGUCGUUCUUAGCUUUUCAUGAGAAAUGUUGGAUACUGAAAACGUAUUUCAGUUACAUGUAACACUUUUGUAACACGGAAAGUGCAUUCUUCCAUACAUAAAUAUAUUCUGUAUAUCCACAUUCCACAUUAUUAUAUUUGUAUUAAUCUUUGGCCCAUGUUUCAACUCAGUCACAUGUGUAAAGCAAUUUUGUGCCUUCUAAUAUUUUGCCUUUUGUCAUCAUUUGCCAUUACAAAAUAUACCAUAGGAGCAAAAUUGCAGCCUAGUCUAAGGCACUGUGUCCAGGAAUACGUCAAUUUCAUCUCCAUUAUUUACUCAGUAAUCCAUCCAUUUUCUAUACCAUGCAUAACCAUGUACUAAGCUUGGGGGUGAGCUGGAGCCCCUACUAGCUGUCUUUGGGGUUUAUUCCAAACUAAUCGCCAACGAAUUGCAAUUGUAUAUUUUCUCAGAAAUCGCUAAUACAAUUAAUUUGAUUUGGAUGUACCACAGAAGGCCUGCAUCAACUUACGGUAUGCACUAGUAAUCUUGUUUAUAUUUGAGCAGAGACUUGUUUAGAAUUUAAUGGGAAAUUAAUUAGGUAAAUGUGGAUGUAGAAAAAUGAAACUAAAUUCUUUGCACAUGAAAGUCAGAAAAUUAGAAAUGAGAAUGUUGGAAGAUAUUUAGUUCAAUACAGUAGGAUGAUCUUCAAGGUUGGAGUGAGCUCCCUUAAUCGUGUACACAGGCAAACAAAAUUUCCUUUCGAUAAAUAUUUAUCUUUAUCUGCUUCAUUUGAAAGAAAAUUUAUUUAAAGCAUGCUAUAGAAAUGGGAUGUUGCAGUCACACGUGAACUGAUAUUUAUUGUCACACUGGUUUUGCUGCAAAGGUACUAUUUUAGUAACAAUGUUAUUUGUGUAAUAAAGUGUUUGCAAAGCA